UGUAGCGUGUAACUAGAGGGAAAAAGCAGCAUAUUUGUCAGUGGUCAGAGUAGGGUUGUCUCAAGUGGUUUGAAAAUGAUGAUGCUCCCUGAGGAGAUUCUUUGUCUCUUCGCGCUUUGACAAUUAACGCACUGAAGAUUCUUGUCUCAAAAUUCCUUUGUUUUCAACAAAUAUUAACUUUGAGUUUAAAUGGAAAAGAACUCUGCGAAAUAUAAUGAAUUUAUAAUACCAUCAGUUUGACUUGAGGACUUGCAGGUGGAAAGUAAAAAGAUAGUCGUAUUUUUCGAGUUUGUUGAACUUAUUGGCACGAUAGAAACUAAUUAUCAUGAAUCUUUUUGUAUUUACAUAUUUUACUCUUUUUGCCGUGUUUGUGCUAACACGAGCGGAAGAAAUUUCUUCAACAGAAACAAAUAACAGUAUAGUUGUAAAUGCUUUUGAAAAUAGUGUGGCUGGAAUGGAAAGUAAUAUUAAAAGUUUUAUGAACAAUAUUAUGAAAGAAAUGCUGCCUCAUGCAAUAAGAAUUGGAAUGGAAUCUGAAGCAUCUUUGUCAUGCUUGUUUGAUCUGACGAAAAUCUUCAGAGGUGUUCAGAAUCUCGAUGCCUGGGCUGUCAGAAUGAUGGAUGCAACGGGAAAACCAUCUGGAGGUCUUAUGGAAGGGACAUCCACAGCUCUGGGAGAUUAUGAUGAAUGCUUGGAUGUGAGAUCCCCCGCGGGGUAUCCGGUCACUGGAGAGUACUGUUUGUUGGAAAUAAAGCCACCCGGAUCAAUCGUCGAUGCUAUGAAAGAGUAUCAAGUCAACAAGGAAAGAACUAACCACUCUAUAGCAAACACAAAAUCUUUUAUUGGUUUUCUACAAAAGGUUCGCACCAAUCCUGAUCAUGUGAUAUUCAGGUUAGGUAUUUGUGUGCCAUCGUCAUGUUCAGAGAAAGCCAUCCAGAGUUUAUUAGAUCUCGCAUUUGAAGACUUCGAUCUACCAAUAAAAGUAGCUCAUUGUGAUUAUAAAUAUGAAUUUAUUUUCGAGACAUACGAAAUUGUGAUUAUAUCAUUCAUCUUGCUUCUCAUCGCUCUCGUGAUAUUUGGUACUGUUGUUUCAGCAGUUAAUACUCAUAAAAAUAUAUCUACAGAUACUUCAUCUGAUAAAGACGGGAACUCUAGUACUGAAACAUCGGAAACUCAAUACCAUUGUUUUCAUCGAUGCGUGGAUGCUUUUUCGAAGCUGUCUUUGUGUCAUAACAUAAAAAGAUUACUCAACUGUGAUUCCGAGGGGGACGCGUCUGAUGUCAUAAAAGGAAUGAAAGUAUUGACGAUCAUAUUUGCAAUUUUUACUCACACUUAUGCUUUGCCACAUCCUCUGCAUUUGUAUAGAUUUCGAAACACACUGAAUUUCACAAAAUUCAUAGAUGAAGUAUUAUUUGGAGCCAUUGCUAACUCAUCAGUUGGAGCCGAUACAUUUUUCUUUUUAGCAGGCUUUCAUUUCAUAUACAAUAGAUGGAGAAUGGUCAAGAGAACAAAUAUCCUUUCAUAUAUUUUGAAAUUCAUUUCAGUAAUGUAUAUCAGAAUGAUUGCUAUACAGAUACUCGUUGGGAGCUUCUUAUUUCUGAUGCCAACUUUUGGAUCAGGACCUCUAUGGGAAGAAUUUGUCGAAGGUCCCAUAGAUAAUUGCAAAGAAAAUUGGUGGAUGAAUUUGUUAUUUAUUCAGAAUUUCUUAGGACCGUAUGAUAUAUGUCUCUAUCAAACUUGGAUUCUGGCAACGAUAAUGCAAAUCUUUCUGAUUACGACUGUCAUUGUCUAUUUGAUGCACAGAUGGCCAACAUACGGAAUAUUGACUACAAUAUUCACCUUGAUUCUGGCGAUGGUAGGAAUAGCUGUAGUGACUGGAGUGGCCGAUUAUCCAGCAACUCUUACAAUAUAUUUCUAUGAUUAUAGGACUUCAAUUUAUUUUUGGAAGCAUCUGUAUACUCAAUUUUAUGCUCAUAUUGGACCUCAAUGCAUUGGUAUGCUGCUAGCAUAUUUUAUUUCCGAGUAUCCAAUUCGAAAAGUUGACAAGCGCAUCGUAGUUCCCUUUUGGAUAAUAUGUAUAGUGACUCUUUCGUCUAUUAUAUUUGGGCUGCAUAGCUAUCGAGACGGACAAGCGAUGCACCGAGGAUUGGCUAUCUUUUACGCAGCGGUUCAUAGACAAGCUUGGGCUAUAGCCUUAGCUUGGAUGAUAUACGCAUGCUGUGCUGGUCAAGGAGGAAUAAUCAAUAGCUUAUUCACAUGGAAAGUGUUCAUCCCCUUGGAACGCCUAUGCUACCUGGCCUACAUGCUGCACAUCCCUCUCAUGUACUACCAGGGAGGGGUACAGCGAGAAAGAAUGUUUAUGGGUCACUACAACCAGAUAAUGUGCUUCUUAUCCUAUGUUACUUUAAGUUUUGCUUUGGCGUCAAUUUGCUACUUAUUUUUUCAAGUACCGUAUGAAGUAUUAGAAGGGCUGAUUUUCAAAAAACAACACGGUAACAUAUGGGGAGCAAAUCCUGUAUCUGUUUCUCAAACUACAUUGGAAAGCAACGACGAGGAAAAAGCAUCAAAUGAAGAAGAAACGAAAUCGGAAAAAUCAAAAGUGUUGUUCAGCAGAAAUGAAGUACCAGAAAGAUUUUGAUACCAUUACUCACCCACCAACGACUAUUGCGAGAUGAACUUUACAAUGUAUGAUGCUGUAACAUUGCCUUUAUAGAAUCUCAGUGACCGCUAAGAAUUGUAUUACUACGGAACUAGUCUUUACGCCUACCAUUAUUUGGAAUUGUUGAGCAGAUAAGGUUUACUUCAGUAUUACUUCAUGCAUUUAUUGUGUUACUUGCUUCAUUUCUCAAGAACAAGGUUAUUUUAUUGUUUUCAAGGCUCUUUUUCAUU